AGUCGGUAUAGACUUUGAUGAACGAAAAUUCCCCGACUUUUUAACUCGAAGAAAAAAAAGCGUCCGGUCUCUCUCCGGACACAAAUAACGACUGUCACGCCACUAGUUGACAAGCUGAAUUUUAGCGAAGCUCCAAAGUGCUGGAGUGGGAACAAAGAGAUUGAAGAAUUUAGUGGAGCGCUGAAUUCAACAAAUUAAUGGUACAUGGUACAGCGGCAAAACAGGAAAGCAGGUUUCCUCUCAGGUUGGCCUUGAAAGGUGAUCCGUGAGCCCUCUACCGAAGAAACCUGAGAAAACAAACCUCCCAGGUAUUGUGGAGCAAUGACAACACAAUGGGUGGAUGUUUAACACUUGACCGAGAAGAAGCUUUGGCGAAACGGAGAAGUAACGAAAUAGACAAACAACUCCAAGCGUUUGCCAAGAGCGAGAGCAAUGUCAUCAAAAUAUUACUCCUCGGAGCCGGCGAGAGUGGAAAGAGUACACUAGUGAAACAAAUGAAAAUAAUUCACAGCGAUGGAUUUACUCGUGACGAGUUGCUUAGCUUUGCACCCACUAUUAGAGACAAUCUUUUGUCCUCAAUGAAGUAUGUCCUUGCUGGAAUGGGGCUACUUCGUAUAAAUUUACAAAGCGCAAGAAAUAAGGCUCAUGCUCAGAUGGUCCUCUCUACAUUUAGUUCUCUAGACAAGAUGAUGACAAUGAUUCCAAGCGUGAUAUCCUCUUUGCAUGCCCUCUGGCAGGACCGAGGGGUUCGUCUGGCAGUGGCGAGAGGAUAUGAGUACGAGUUGAAUGACUCGGCCAUCUAUUUGUUUGAAAACAUGGAGCGAAUCUGCAAUGAAAAGUAUGUUCCAACACCUACUGACGUUUUAAGAGCAAGGGUGCGGACGCAUGGUGUUAUUGAGACGCACUUCAAGUUAAAUGAUAACAUUAUCCGAAUGUUUGAUGUGGGUGGUCAGCGAUCUCAAAGACGGAAAUGGAUUUACUGCUUCGAUGAUGUCAAAGCGGUGCUUUUUGUUGUGGCCCUUAGUGGGUACGACAUGACAUUGGUGGAGGAUCCAGAUGUUAACAGGCUGGAAGAGAGUCUGAACCUGUUUUCCCAAAUCGUCAACAACCGAUUUUUUAAAGAUGCUGCUUUUUUGUUGUUCCUAAACAAGUACGAUCUCUUUCGAGAAAAGAUUCUCUACUCUGGAAGGCACCUGAAAACUUACUUUGCAGAAUUCAAAGGACCCGACUGUGAUGUGGACAGGGCGGCUCUGUUCAUCCAGCAUAAAUUCGCUCUUUGCAACACAAAUCCUUCAAGGGGCGUUUCAAGUCAUUUCAUCACAGCUACUGAUACGGCCAAUGUUCAGGCAGUAAUCCAAGGAGUAAUAGACAGCGUUCUUAAGAAAAAUAUCAAGCAGGUUACUUUGCUUUGAACCUGUGUUAUGUAGAGUACUUUUAAAUUUUGAGGUACAAAAUUCCUAGAGAAUAUACCAUUUUUCCUUUUUUUUUAUUAGUCGGCCUUGCUUGUUUUAUUGAAUCGGUUCAUUUUUUGGUAAUUGUCUGUGAUACUAAAAUGCCAUCCAGCAUUCUUUCAUGAAUUGUUUUUUAGUCUCUUGCAUAAAGGGAAUAUGAUGAUUCAAGAGUGGGAUUAUAUUGGUAUAAUUUUUGUCACAUGAAAUAUAUUAUAAUACUGCCGGCCUCUUGCGAAUCUCAUGUUUUUUUUAAACCGCGCUGUAAAUGAUUACUUAGUACGAAAAAUUUUGAUCUCGCUAAAAUCUUCAUCUUUACAUUUUCCAAGACUGAAAGAUGCUGCUGAUUGAUUAAAAUGAAUUGAAUUGUAUCACAUCACAAAAAUGAACAUAUUUUAUCUCAUCUCAUUCAUAAUCAGAUCUAUUAAUAAUCUCUCAAGCGGAAUUUUAUUAUUUUUUAAUGGCAAUUUAGUUCUUUUAGCCAAUCUAAUGUCCCCAACUUGAACUUUGAAUUAAUUAGUAGUUUUUUACUUUUCAAUCUGAAUAUUUGGUAGAGGAAAUUUCAAGAGGUUUUGAGUAGAAUUAGUCUUAGUUGAAUAAAUUAAAUGUACAUAAAAUAUGAAAUAAUAACAAUGAAUAAAUAUUGUAGCUGAUUUCAACAUGAAAAU